UGCUACUGCCUGCUGUCUGUUGGCUGUCUGUCUGCCUACCUCACUGACUGGCCGUCUGACCGUCUGUCUGUCUGUCUGUCUGUCUGUCUGUCCGUCUGUGUGCUCUCACAAUGUGUAACUGAGUAUCUCUCAUCCUAGUGUGUGUGUGUGUGUGUGACCGUGUGUGUGACCGUGUGUGUGACCGUGUGUGUGUCUCUUCUUCUCUUGCCAAUAUGAUGAGACAGACUCCUGCCCCCAGGAAGACUACGGCCAGAAGGCCCAAGCCCAGCCGUCCUGCGGGAACCGGAGCCUCCAAGGCGGGGCCCUCUGGGUCUGUGUCUGCCUCGGCUGGAGAGAUGAGCAGCAGCGAGCCUUCCACCCCGGCACAGACCCCCCUGGGGGCCCCCAUCAUCCCCUCACCCGGGGGGCUCCUCUCCCCUUCAGCCCCCCCACCUCCACUCCCCAGCAAGGAGGAGGAGUCUCUGCGAGGUCAGGUGAAGGAUCUGGAGGAAAAGUUAGAGACUCUGAGGAUGAAGAGGACAGAGGACAAGGUCAAGCUGAAGGAGCUGGAGAAACAUAAGAUCCAGCUGGAGCAGCUCCAGGAAUGGAAGACCAAGAUGCAGGAGCAGCAGAACGACCUGACAAAACAACUCAAAGAGGCCAAGAAGGAGGCGAAGGAGGCCCAGGAGGCGAAGGAGCACUACAUGGAGGAGAUGGCGGACACGGCUGACGCUAUAGAGAUGGCCACGCUGGACAAGGAGAUGGCUGAGGAGCGGGCAGAGUCCCUGCAGCAGGAGGUGGAGUCUCUGAAGGAGAAACUGGAAGAGCUCGUCAUGGACCUGGAGAUCCUCAAACACGAGAUAGAGGAGAAAGGGACAGACGGUGCUGCUUCCAGUUACCAUGUGAAACAGCUGGAGGAGCAGAACGGCAGGCUGAAGGAAGCUCUCGUCAGGAUGCGUGACCUGUCUGUGUCGGAGAAGCAGGAACAUGUGAAGCUCCAGAAGCAGACAGAGAGGAAGAGCACAGAGCUGGACACCCUGAGGACUCAGAGAGAGAAACUCCAGGAGGAGAUGAAACUGGCCGAGAGGACCAUUGAUGAACUCAAAGAACAGGUGGAUGGGGCACUAGGAGCUGAGGAGAUGGUGGAGACUCUGACAGAGAGGAAUCUAGACCUGGAGGAGAAAGUCAGAGAGCUGAGAGAGACCGUCGUUGAUCUGGAAGCCAUCAACGAAAUGAAUGAUGAACUCCAGGAGAACGCCAGAGAGACGGAGCUGGAGCUCAGAGAGAUGCUGGAUCUGGGCGGAGGCAGGGUCAGGGAGGCGGAGAAACGGGUGGAAGCUGCUCAGGAGACCGUAGCUGACUAUCAACAGACCAUCAAGAAGUACCGUGAGCUGACCGCUCACCUGCAGGAGGUGAACAGAGAGCUGACCAGCCAGCAGGAAGCCACAGCUGAGCAGCAGCAGCAGCCUCCAGCUGAGAUGUUUGACUUCAAGAUCAAGUUUGCUGAGACUAAGGCCUAUGCCAAGGCCAUAGAGAUGGAGCUGAGGAAGAUGGAAGUGGGCCAGGCCAACAGACAGGUGUCUCUCCUCACAUCCUUCAUGCCCGACUCCUUCCUGCGUCAUGGAGGAGACCACGACUGUAUCCUGGUGCUUCUGCUCAUACCAAGACUAAUCUUCAAGGCGGAGCUGAUCAGUAAGCAGGCCCAGGAGAAGUUUGAUCUGAAUGACAACUGUGUGGAGAGGAGCGGGAUGAGAGGAGCGGCUGGGGAACAGCUGAGCUUUGCUGCAGGACUCGUCUACUCUCUCAGUCUGCUACAGGCUACACUACAUAAAUACGAGCAAGCGCUGAACCAAUGCAGCGUGGAGGUAUAUCAGAAGAUCGGGACCCUCUACCCGGAGAUGGGCGUUCACGAACGUUCCCUGGACUUCCUGAUCGACCUGCUGCACAGAGACCAGCUGGAUGAGACGGUGCAUGUGGCGCCGCUCACCAAGGCCAUCAAAUACUACCAGCACCUGUACAGUAUCCACCUGGCAGAGCAGACAGAGGACUGUACCAUGCAUCUGGCUGAUCACAUCAGGUUUACCCAGAGUGCGUUGGACUGUAUGUGUGUGGAGGUUGGUCGUCUGCGUGCGUUCCUACACACAGGGCAGGAGAAGACGGACCUGGCCGUGCUGCUGAAGGAUCUAGAGACUUCCUGUUCUGACAUCAGACAGUUCUGUAAGAAGAUCCGCCGACGCAUGCCUGGUACGGACGUACCUGGGAUACCUGCUGCACUCACCUUCUUACAGCAGGUGGCAGAUAUUCUGCUGGACUGCAGGAAACACCUGACCUGGGUGGUGGCUGUGCUGCAGGAGGUGGCGGCUGCAGGGGCGCAGAUGGUUGCCCAUCUAGGGGAGCAGGAGGGACUCUCCGCACUCAAACUAGAGGACGUGGCCUUUAAGGCUGGAGAGCAGAUCUAUGGAACUCAAGGUUCUAACCCCUAUGGGUGCCUGCGCCAGUCCUGCUGCAUCGUCAUAGCAACCAUGAACAAGAUGGCCACCGCCAUGCAGGAGGGAGAGUACGACGCAGAUAGACCCCAGAUCACGACACUUCCUCCGGUGGAGCUGCGUGCCACAGCCCUCAGAGCGGAGAUCACAGACGCAGAAGGACUGGGCAUGAAGCUGGAGGACAGAGACACAGUCAUCAAGGAGCUCAAGAAGUCACUCAAGUUCAAGGGAGAGGAGCUGAGUGAGGCUAGCGUUCGGCUCAGUCUGUUGGAGAAGAAACUCGACAGUUCAUCGAGAGACGCAGACGAGCGCGUAGAGAAGAUCCAAACUCAACUAGACGAGACUCAGACUCUGCUCAAGAAGAAAGAGAAGGAGUUUGAGGAGACCAUGGACGCUCUGCAGGCUGAUAUCGACCAAUUGGAGUCGGAGAAGGCGGAUCUGAAGCAGCGUCUGAACAGCCAAUCAAAGAUGACCAUGGACGGGCUGAGAGGAGCGCCAGCGUCGGGAAUCGCCUCCAUUGUCACGGGGAUGACAGGAGCGACUAUGGCCAGUAUGGGUCCCGGUAUGGGUCCCGGUAUGGGUCCUGGGUCGGGGGUCCCGGUGAUAGACUCUCCUCUCCUGACGCAGCAGAUUGAGGCUCAGAGACACAGCAUCAAACACCUGAAGAAUGAGAACAACAGACUCAAGGCUGAGAAGAUGCGUGCCCAGCUGUCCUCCCUACCACCUCUCCAUGUCUCCAAGCUCCCCACUAGAGACGGCUCUCACCCAGAGGUGCUCUCUAGCGCCCUCUAUCGUAAGACUGACCAAUUACUGGACACGUUACUGCAGAUGAGUGCCAACGUCAAAGUGGUGGACAUCACUGGCAAAUCCCCAGUAACUCCUAGUGCCCAGCUGCUGGAACACACAGCCAGACUCCAGGCUCUUAGCAACACUCUGGACAGACUGAAGGAUGAGGUAUCAGAACAUGUGGUGACCCAGAGACCUGGAGCUAGAGCCUUGUCUGACUUUGCCACGUUCCCCUGCUCUUCCUUCGUCAAGGUCCAGGAGGAGAAGAGGGGGGACAUGGUGCUGGUGGGGAAGGUGAUGAUGCCGUGUUCCCGUGGUCAGGAGCAGGUCCACCGUCUCGUCCUAUCACAGCCUCAGCUCCAAAGAGUGCACCGCCUCCUGCUGACAUAGGCUCCACCCACAACCCACCCUGCGGACAUAGGCUCCACCCACAACCCACCUUGCGGACAUAGGCUCCACCUUCAACCUGCCCUGUUGCUCCUUCCCAUCUGUCUGUCUGAGUUUUUUUUUAGGCCAAAGCAUUGGGUUUGUGUUCGUACGCAGACGGUGCUUGACUUGGGCCGUGAGCUCACUGAACUGAGUGCCAGAACCUUAAUUAUCUCUAUUGCCUGAGUUCCAUUCUGUCGUUAUUGCAAAGUUCUGGCACCUGGAUAUAAACGGUAGCAGCACCUAAAAUAAGUAACAGCGUCAAGUCAAGUCCCGUUCAUACGUACAGUUAGAGUAUUAAUACGCUCACUUCCUCUAGAACGCUCGUUCACUUCCUCUGUAGAUCACUCAUUUCCUCUGUAGUAGAUCAUACUCACUUCCUCUGUAGAUCAUACUCACUUCCUCUGUAGAUCAUACUCACUUCCUCUAGAUCGCUCGUUCACUUCCUCUGUAGAUCAUACUCACUUCCUCUGUAGAUCAUACUCACUUCCUCUGUAGAUCAUACUAAUUUCCUCUAGAUCGCUCGUUCACUUCCUCUGUAGAUCAUACUCACUUCCUCUGUAGAUCAUUUGGUAGAGCAUAGGGCCUGUAACGGCAGGAUAGUGGGUUUGAUUCCUAGGACCACCUAUACACAAAAAUGUAUUCAUGCAUGACUGUCAGACACUUUGGAUUAAAGCGUCUGCCAAAUUAUAUUACGUAAACACACACCUCUGCUGAGGGUGAUGCUGCCUGCUACACUACUACACUGUCUGCUGAGGGUGAUGCUGCCUGCUACACUACUACACUGUCUGCUGAGGGUGAUGCUGCCUGCUACACUACUACACUGUCUGCUGAGGGUGAUGCUGCCUGCUACACUACUACACUGUCUGCUGAGGGUGAUGCUGCCUGCUACACUACUACACUGUCUGCUGAGGGUGAUGCUGCCUGCUACACUACUACACUGUCUGCUGAGGGUGAUGCUGCCUGCUACACUACUACACUGUCUGCUGAGGGUGAUGCUGCCAGCUACACUACUAACCACUGUCUGCUGAGGGUGAUGCUGCCUGCUACACUACUACACUGUCUGCUGAGGGUGAUGCUGCCUGCUACACUACUAACCACUGUCUGCUGAGGGUGAUGCUGCCUGCUACACUACUAACCACUGUCUGCUGAGGGUGAUGCUGCCUGCUACACUACUACACUGUCUGCUGAGGGUGAUGCUGCCAGCUACACUACUAACCACUGUCUGCUGAGGGUGAUGCUGCCUGCUACACUACUACACUGUCUGCUGAGGGUGAUGCUGCCUGCUACACUACUAACCACUGUCUGCUGAGGGUGAUGCUGCCUGCUACACUACUAACCACUGUCUGCUGAGGGUGAUGCUGCCUGCUACACUACUAACCACUGUCUGCUGAGGGUGAUGCUGCCAGCUACACUACUAACCAGUCUGCUGAGGGUGAUGCUGCCUGCUACACUACUAACCAGUCUGCUGAGGGUGAUGCUGCCUGCUACACUACUAACCACUGUCUGCUGAGGGUGAUGCUGCCAGCUACACUACUACACUGUCUGCUGAGGGUGAUGCUGCCUGCUACACUACUACACUGUCUGCUGAGGGUGAUGCUGCCUGCUACACUACUACACUGUCUGCUGAGGGUGAUGCUGCCUGCUACACUACUACACUGUCUGCUGAGGGUGAUGCUGCCUGCUACACUACUACACUGUCUGCUGAGGGUGAUGCUGCCUGCUACACUACUACACUGUCUGCUGAGGGUGAUGCUGCCUGCUACACUACUAACCACUGUCUGCUGAGGGUGAUGCUGCCUGCUACACUACUAACCACUGUCUGCUGAGGGUGAUGCUGCCUGCUACACUACUAACCACUGUCUGCUGAGGGUGAUGCUGCCAGCUACACUACUAACCAGUCUGCUGAGGGUGAUGCUGCCUGCUACACUACUAACCAGUCUGCUGAGGGUGAUGCUGCCUGCUACACUACUAACCACUGUCUGCUGAGGGUGAUGCUGCCAGCUACACUACUACACUGUCUGCUGAGGGUGAUGCUGCCUGCUACCCAUCUUACUGUCUGUCUGCUGAGGGUGAUGCUGCCUGCUACUGUUUCAUCAUUUAUUUAAGAUGGUCAAUGCACAUUGGGCCCUAUUUAGACUUGACAUAAGUUGACUUUAACAUGGACUUAAAUCAACAAUAUUUGUACUUAGGUCCAUGUUUUAUAUCCAUGUUGAGUCUAUUUACCUCAGGUCUGAAUCAGACCCAUUAUAGUUUCCAGGUCCAACGUCAAUGUAAACGUGACCGAGGUAUUUCCUGUCCGUAGUCCCGUAGUUCACGACGGGGUCGUAGUUCACGACGGGGUCGUUGUGUAGACGGUGUCGUUGUACAUACAACUAUUCCUUUUACUCUUAACUAUCUACAGCAGGGGUGUCAAACUCCUUUUCCCAGAAGGCCGUAUUCGGUCUUCACUGAGCGCCGCCCCCCCCCCCCGCAGAAUAAAGAUAAAUAAACAAUUCAAACAACCUUGAGGUUGAUCUAAAGGGAGAGAAAGUUGUCAGAUUUCUGUGUAUUUAAGUUGGUAUUAUUUUUUACUGCAGUUUAAUUUACAUUUCAACGGGAGUGAGAAAAUAAUUCAUUUGAAGGGAUUUUAUGAAACAUGGAUAAAAUGUUUUGAUUUCAUAAAAUCAGUGUCAUGUUUUACUUUUACCGGUCGUAGAUUAAUUUAUUUCAUAUUUAUUGCACAUAUUAAAUGCCAGUAAAUUGGGACAGUCAUCUGUUACCUGAUUGGUUCUGUAAUCUGUUUUAAGUAGCUAAUAUAGUAAUGUGUAUUACAGGUGAGACUCUUGCUGUGUAGAAUGACUCCGGUUUAGCCGUCAUUAAACUACAUGCCUCAUCAGUUACUGUCUGCAAAAAAUACGUAUUGGCCAUAGAGGCUUUGUUUUUUUUCUCUGCUAUGAAGUGUCAUACUGGUAUCAUAAAGGCUAUCUCAUCUCUGCUAUGAAGGGUCAUACUGGUAUCGUAAAGGCUAUCUCAUCUCUGCUAUGAAGUGUCAUACUGGUAUCGUAAAAGCUUUAUAGUUUUUUUUAAUAACCUCAAGUUAUAUUGGCAUUAUUUUCAUGGCAUAGUUGGCUUUCCUUACAUUAUCAUUUGAGAGAUAAUAUAUUAACAUGGUAUUCAUUAUUUUAUGCAUUAGUGAUUUAUAGAGAAUGUACCUCUGUGCAGCCUGUUGCUAGCAUAUAAUGUACCUCUGUGCAGCCUGUUGCUAGCAUAUAAUGUACCUCUGUGCAGCCUGUUGCUAGCAUAUAAUGUACCUCUGUGCAGCCUGUUGCUAGCAUAUAAUGUACCUCUGUGCAGCCUGUUGCUAGCAUAUAAUGUACCUCUGUGCAGCCUGUUGCUAGCAUAUAAUGUACCUCUGUGCAGCCUGUUGCUAGCAUAUAUCUACUACAACCCUGUUUCUGGCCUCUAUCAUUGUGCUCUAUGCCCCGCAAGGUAUUUCAAAUCAAAUCAAAUUGUAUCGGUUACAUACACACAUUUAGCAGAUGUUUUUGCGGGUGUAGCGAAACGCUUGUAACCUUUAUUUGGGUGCGACUGAUUUAAUUUUCCAGAGCCCUGUGUCUCCACUGUAACUAUUACUGCUGUUUAGGGUUGCAAAUAUACGGUAACUUUCCUCAAAUUCCCAGGUUUUCCAGAAAUCCCGAUUGGGAGAUUCAUGUUAUCUGAUAAGCAGAAAAUCCAGGAAUCUUCAAACCGUGAUUUCUAGAAAACCUGGGAAUUUGGGGAAAGUCGCCAGGUUUACACCAAUGUAAUGUAGCAGCUCUAACCACUAUUACUGCACUGUAACCAUCUGAACAAUAAAUAAGCUGAAGGAGAAGGAA